CAAUGUUUAAUUGAGCAAUCAAGAAUGAAAAACAGAUACAGAAAACUCCGAGACUAGGAACAAUAUUGUUUUUAAAUCUGAUAUCAAACUAUGUAAUAAUAAACUUAAACAAUAAUACGAAAAAAGGUCUUCUACCAAUAUUCUAAUAGUAAUUACUCUAAUUAUAUCUCCUAUCUCUAUACGCGUAUCUCUAAGCUCAUCAUAGUCCAACGAAAAAAAGGAAGAUCAACGAAAGACGAAUUCCGAUUUCACCUCUCAUUUAUUCACGCACGCGUAUACCGAGAUUAACUCGAUCGCAAUUACUGCUUUUACACGCACAAUUAAUAUAUAUAGGAUAUAUAUAUAUAGGAUUACAGUCAACCUGAUAUCUUUAAAUAUUUCUUACUUGUGGACGUUGCCGCGGUAACGAACGUAGCAUCACAAUGGCAGCGAUCGAAAUAUUUUCAAGUUCUGUCACUUACAAGUACAAGAGUAGGAUAUAUUCUUUCGCCUCGAUCGUUGUCUUUUUAUUCAUUGUUUUAUCCUUGAUCACGCCACUUUUUAUAAUCUACAAUACAGGAGGUAUUUGGAUGAAAAAUCGGAUGCAUGCAGAAAUGCCUGAUGUGCACUUUAUAUAUAAGUAUCUAUUACUUGCGGAAAUAGAUUCCUUUGAGGAACCUAUUGUGUGUUCCACUUUUACGACAUAUAAGGAGAAUGAUAUUAAAGAUCAUUGUACAAUAAUCAAGGUACGGGAGAACGAUCUGAACAAUGAUGGACAGAAAGAUUCAUUAAGAUUUGAAGCUCAUUUUUAUACAGACAAGCCAGUGAAAUCUCUACGACUUUUACUCUUCUUCAAUUUUCAAUUAAAGCAUCUUAUUCAAGCGACUAUAGAAUCUAUAGGCGUGUUUAAUCAAAUAUUAAAUCACGAGGUUCAAGAGAUAAGAUUCUUCGGUGAUCUGGAGUUACGGCAAAAGGGACUUUUGCGUAGCGAAGGUCUUUACGAAACAUACAACCACAGCAUAGAACUAUCUGAUUAUUCUCUAUCUGAACUGCUAUUGCAUAGUUUUAACCGAAAGUUCUCUGCCAGAAUUACGAACAAGCGAGUAACGUGGAGAACAGGUUUUUCUAACGAUGAAGCGGUAGUCAUUAUCGGCGAAUUGUUUUAUGUGGAAAAUUUUAUUUACUAUCAGCCGAGUGUGUGGGAAGAAUUGAAAUGGGCGUGGAUUCAAUAUCUGUCGUGUCUACUUGUGUUCGCAUAUGUGGCUAAACAUAUCCUGGUGUUUCUCUUCACCAAUAGAUACCUGAACACGUAUAUUAUAAGGCCGUGGGUGAAUACAUAAAAAUAAACAGAAAACUUAUUUUGUAUGUACAAACAUC